AUCUCCUCUGUUAAGGGAAGAUAAUAGCACAAUUUAUCGAUUGUGUAAAUAUUUAAAUUUUGAAAUCGAAAAUUAUGAGUUAAAUGACUCGCAAUCAAUAUUUAUGAUAUACAAUUAUCCCUUACAACUUCUACCCAUAUAAAAUCUGAAAUGAAGUUAACAUGAAUUACCAAUUGGUUACAGAACAAUAAUUAGUCGUCAUAUGUUCAAUUCGCAACAGCAACGUGAUUUCUUUUGAGCAAUCAUAGAGCUUGCAAUGAGUUUGGUAAUCCGAAAUCGAACUACAUUAUUUAUUAAACGAUGAUCGCCGAUAUGAUUAUAAUUUUCAAUAUUGUUGUAUCAUUCGAAUCAGCAUUGCAAGAUGUUGUUAAUAAAUAACUGAAUUUGUACUCGUACAAUUUUGUUCACGACAUUUUACCAAUCUUAGUACUGCAAAAAGAAUGCUUGUAAUAGUAUGAAAUGAAACAAGAGAUUGAAGGUAACAGUAAUGGUAUAGGAAGAGAAAUUAAAGAUAAAAUCCAAUGAGAAUGAGGAAUGAAUUAACAUGUCCACGACCUUUCUAGAUUCCAAUCUGGUUUUAAAUCGUUUUGUCUUUCAUUUCCAGAGCAGUCCUAUAGGAAAGUAAAUAUAUAUAAGCGUGACGUAAGUUGCUCUAAAAUUGUCAAUAAAAAAUAAGCAUGUUGUUGAGAAAAAAAAUAAGAGAAGAUUACCUUGAUACCUUUACAGAAAAAAAUGAUCAUGGUAAAGUCAUGAUAGAAGGCUUUACGCAUUUUUUACGCGUUCUUUUGGCAUUUAAAAUUGCUUUAAUUUUCAACGCAAAACAUUUUUUUUUAAGAUCUUUAUAACUUUUGUCUAAGAUUAUAGCUUACUAUGGUUUGUUAAUGUAGGAUUAAUUUAGGAUUAAGAUUAAGACCAUAUUUUGAUAGAAUCUAUAUCUGUACGCAUAUUGAUUACACAUCAAUUUUUUCAAAAAUCUUUUGAAUGAAAUAAAAUAAUUUAUAAAAACAAUAUGAAUUUUUUAUUUUCCAUGCAAUAACUUUGAUUAUAAUGAUUUUAAUUUCAAUCUAAAGUAAUCCUAAGCUAACAAACCUCAGUAAAUUAAAAUCUUAGAUUUGUGUCUUAAUCUUCAAAAUAUCCUAUUAUCGGAAAUAGUAACUAUUCAAUAUUUAUCGUCUUGUUAAGUGAACGUGGAAUAAUAAAAUUUCAUGUGAUCGGUUCAGGAAACGUUCUUUUCACUUUUUUUAGAAGAAGCUCGCGUAAGUUAGCGUCAACAUUUCGUGAGUGAUGAAUUUUACACGGGCCCACACGCACACGGGACGAAUAACAAUCGAAUUGUAAAGGCGCAUCGACCUAGUUGAAUUCUCUGUUUUCACUUUCGAAUACCUAUAAUCCUUUGGCAUUCAAAAUUGCUCCACUUCAUUCAUUAAUCUUCGAUCACUGCUUUUAAACGAGUACGUUAAUGACAAAUUUCUUUUUCAAUUAUAUUUUAUAUGAUAAAUUCAUUUCUCAAACGUAUAAGUAAAAAUCUUGUGAUCAAAGUGCCUAAUAUCCCUAUAGAAAAAAGAAAUAAAUAAAUAAAAGUAAUUAAAGAAAAAGAAUUUUUCACGUUUAUAGUCAUUAUUCAAUUCAUGCUAUACAAAUAUUCAGAUAAAUUAUUAUUUAAAUGAGUAUCUUAAUAUUCUUCAUUAAUUAUAAAAAACUCAAAUUACCACGAAACCAAAUUUUGUAUAGUUACAAACUUACCAGAUUGAUUUAUGCUAUAUACUUCUAUCAUCUAGAAAAUUACCACGUUUUAUACAUUAAACUAUUUUUACAAAUCCUUAGCCAAGAAUUAAUCUUUCUCAACAAUUAACUACAAGAAGUCAAUCAAGAGCAACGAAUUUUUGAGAAUAAUUAAGUGCUCUUAAUGACCAGUAUGAUAUUGCGAAAUGGUGAAAUUAAUGAUCGUGUCAUAGGGACAGGGUGAUGCAUAACUGUCAGUUCCUAUGAGGGAGCAGGUUUCUCGAAAAUUGAACACGUGGAGGAGUAAAGUAGAUCGACCCAGUUUUGGUCAACUUUGAGCCUUUGUUCGUAUGGGAGGGGUAAGGCAAUGAUGGUUUUGUGAGAAGGGGUCCCCUUUACGACCACGUCCAUAUAAGCAACGUCUGCUGCCACAGAUGGGACAGUCUUGCACCUUACACCCCUUCGCUUAUUCGCACGUCGUUUCAUUUUUGGGCGAUCAAGAAUGAAGUUCGGAGUUCUCUUCACAGUGGCAGCCGCCCUGUUGCAGGGUGGCUAUAGUAGUUUUGUAUCCAUUAGGAUGCCUUACUUAAAUCCAGCAGGAGUAACUUACAUAAAUAAUAUCGGACAAGAGGCACAGCUUGCAUAUAGUGUUCCCGCUAAAGUUGAAGCCGAACACAUUGGAUAUGCUGCUGCCCAAGUGCCAGCAGUGGCUGCUGUACCAUACGUCAAACACGUGCCAACUGUCUCUCAUGUGCCAGUCACGAAAAUUGAGGCACAACCUGCUCUCCUGGAAAAACAAUUAGACGUCGUUAAACCGGCUGUUUCUACUCGAAAAUUCGAAGUACGCCGCCCAGCAAUCCAGAAGCAAUUUUUCGACAUUGAAGAACGCGUAGUCGUUCGUCCAGCUGGCUCAGCAGUAGUUGAGCUUGAUCAACCGACCUCCAAAACUCAGAAAGGACCAGCUGUCAUUCAACCUCUGUUCCAACACUUCUCAGGUCUCGAAGCAUCUCCAUCUCUUCCUUCUCUUCCAUCUCUUCCAUCUCUUCCAUCUCUGCCAUCUCUGCCAUCUCUGCCAUCGCUGCCAUCUCUGCCAUCUUUACCAUCUUUGUCAUCUCCUGUAGAAUCUUCUACUCCAUCUUCCUCCAGCGAUGACGAAACUGUUGUGGUUGAAAAUCCUGACUUCCGCAGACUCGGUCCUCAAAGCCAGGCUGGUGCACCUGGUGCAGCUCAAGCAAGAACUAACUUGAACGGUGGUGCACAAUCGAACGAACCAUUCGUUGCACAUGAUCCUUCACCAAGUGUUGUGGUCAGCCCCAAAUCUUCCCCUGAAGAGGACAAGGAGAACCAGAAUAGACUGAUUGACUUGCUCACUGCCCGUGGUAACGUUGCUGAGGUUGGCUUUGGUCGCUAUCCCUCCCUCUCCCAAUCCGCAGCCGGAGACGCUGGCCAGGUUCGCGGACGUGUAAUCUCUGCUACCCCAGCUCCGGAAUACGCAGAACCAGCUGACGAACGCGUCUCUACGCGACGUGUUGUUGUCAGCAGACCGAUUGAAACUCUCCAAGAAGUGAAUGUCGUGGAACCAGCGACUAAAAUCGAGAGAGUGUCCGUCCAACAGCCAACCUACAUAAAAACAGCGCGCCUCGAUCAUGUUCAGGUUCACAGCUCUGUACCGGUAGUUGGAAAAGCUUUUGCACCAACGAUUGCCCAUGCUGCUGUUCCAGUUUAUCAGAAGACCAUCUCGCCAGCUUAUGAAUAUUACCAUUGAAUCGCUUGACGACUUGUGAUCUUAGCCCCUAACGUUCUAAAACAGGAUUCAAUUUUAAAAAUAGUGUACGAGUGAUAUUGAAUAUUUUAAUACUACAUAAUAUAUUGGAUUUUUGCAUGCAAAUGAUUAGGUAAUUAUAUUGAAAGAGUUGAACUUGAUUUUAACUGGUAUUCAAUUUACAUUAAAUUACUAUUAUUUGUAAUAUAAUCAAAUAAUUAUAUGUGGGUGGUAAUAACUAAAAUUGUAUGUAGAAUCAUAUUGAUUUUUUAAAUCAAAAUGAGACUUGUGUUUUAUCUUAUGUAGGUAACUGCAAGUGAAAUUGUAUUGGGUUUUUAAAAUGAAAUAAUUUUUUGUAUCGCUUGUGAAAUUAUGUAAAUUGUAUCCUGUGAACAGAUGGAAACUUGUGUACCUUGUAUUUCUGUUUUGUACGUGUUUUAAAAGAUGUUUAUAUAAAAGACGGAAGUGACAUGCGAUUGUUUUAUUUGUCACGAAACCUGUUACUUAAAGCACAUGAAAGUUUCGAGAGUAAAACUUCUUUUGUUUGCCUGUGAAUAUAGAGUUUAAGAGUCAAUAUGUUGAAAUUUCAUUUAAAAGAUAUUCGAAUAAUAGGAAUUACUUUUUAGGAAAUAAAUUUGGCAAAUGAAGCUUUUAAUUAGUAGCAAUCUUCACAACGAUCUUUGAAACUUAUGUAUUAGUUACAUAAAUUUAGGAAAGAAAUUUUAUAGAUCUUUUUCAAAACUUAAAAGAGAUAAAAAUUAUUAGAUAUAAUUAAAUUUAGAAACUUACAACUUUUCAUAUUUUCAAAUAAGAUAACUAACACCUAACUUAGAAACUCAAAGAAACUUUAAAUAUAAAAUUGAUUAAGCUUUGUUUUACUUUAAUAAAGAAAUAUUAAAUCAAAUUUCGAAUAUUAUAUUCCACGUUCCAACAUAAGAUACAAUUAGCAAUUACUUCAAAGGAAAUUAAAGAAACUUAAAUUUUGAUAAACUUAAUUAUGUAAUAAGAUUAAAUUAAAAACUUAAUUAUGAAAAUUAAUGUAAAUAUUUAAGUUAACUAAUUAAGUAAAUGGUAAAUGUAUAAGUAAAACACAAUGCAAGGUCAAGGAAUUACAUGUACAUGCGUUCAAUGCAUCUCAUCGAACGUCAUAAAAUGUUUUUAUGACCCAAUUCAUGCACUUCUUAUGUGAUCUCGUGAAAGAUAAUAUGUAUGUAAUUAAUUGUAAUAUGCUGAAAAGGAAGGUCUCUCGUAUACUUACAUAACUUCCUUUCGCUGGUAGAACUUUUAUUUCGCGCCUUUCAUCUGCCAAUGACUUACAUGUAUGCAUUAUUCAGAAUAAGCUGAAAAACGACGACUUCCUAUAGCAGGCGAGUCUGUUCCGACAAGGGUAACCACUGCCUCUGGUUAUUGCUUAUAAGGACGUAACAUUGACCUAAAUACCAUUAUACAUAUAUCCGUUCCCUUGCCUCUUUCAAAUAUCUUAAAUAAAAAGAUAAAAUCAUUACUCGAUAGAUGUACCAGGAUGUCUCUACUUAAAGCUACUGCUAAUAAAAGCAUAAUAUUUAUUCCUCGAGAACGUGUACACAUAUGGUAUUUCUGCAGUUUUCGACCUGGUUAAAGAGCUACUUGUUCGGAGUAUCACUCAAUAAGAGUCAUUAUUAUUUCUUUAAGCAUAAUUUAUUUCAGUGUAUUUGUAUGCAAUCAUAAUGUCUCACACACGCAUCCAUUCUUUUGCUGUUAUAAAUAAUAUAUGUAGUUUCUGUUCAAUAAAGUUAUUUUAAAAAAUAUACCAAUAGGUAUUUGAAAAAUUUGCAGGCAUAUAUCCAAUUAAUGUUAUGAACUUUAUUAUAUUAAAAAUUAAGAAAAUUUAGUGCCCAAGCAAUCAAAUGAUUCGAAAAGAACUUAUUUGCAUGAAAGUCGAACGUGACUAAAGAAAGCGUAGUUACAUGGUCGUUGCAAGAGGAAAGCAAAGAAGCUUGGAAUUGCAAAUGGUGCAUAGGCUCGUAAUAGCGUAACUCACGAGUUUUAACCUGGACUCGACUGUCGUCGAACAGAGACAGUGACUACAUAUAUGCGUAAUGCAUAAACCGGAAAACUGCGCUGCUUGAAAAAAUCCAUAAGAACCGACGUGGGCGGUUGAAACUGCAGCAAACCGGCACAGUAACAGUUUAGUGAACCCUCGUUGAAUUGUAGACGUUCUAUUAACAAAUAUAGAACAGUUUGAUAUUCAAUAUAAGCUUCUUUAGAAAUUCUAAUUGAGAUCUUCUGGAUUUCUUCAAAUCAGUUUCGAUUUUUAUUAAAAUUAUAUUUUUAA